GAAAAGAAAAAGAAAAAAAUGGGUGGCGGAGGUUCGCUGAACGAAAGAGCCAAAAAUCUAACAGAGGCAUUUCACUGCAGCACAAACACCUUCCAGCUCCCCAACCCAACAAGGUGCAGAUUUGUGGAUGCAAAACACACAGAUGGGGACAUUUUUAUUUCCAUAUUUUCCUUUUGUCUGUAUAUAUGAUUCUCUCUCCUUUUUUCUUUUGGAGUACAUAAAUUCUAUCUGAAAAUGAGAGAUAAUACUUACUUAGAUUCCUUACACUUGCUAUGACUAGUUUGCAUGAUUGAUCCAUCAAUUAUUUUUGCGGCAUGUGACUAAGAGAAAGUCAUCUGAUCAAAAUCCCACUUGCUAAAGCUCAUUUUCGUCUUCCUAUUAUCUUUUUUUUCCUGUUCGUUGCAAGUAGCUUUACAAUUCUCAAAGAUAGACAGAAAGAUUUCAGGGUUUUAGGAUUUUGCUGUGUAUACGAUUUGUGGAGGGGGUAUCUAUUGCUUCACUUUCCUAUCCUUGUCGUCUAUUUUGAGACUUUGUUGAGAGGACCCAGUUAGAAAUUUGCAUUCUUGAGCUGGGUUUUUGGUUAUAUGGUUUCGCCUUUCAAUUUAUGAACCCUAAUAAAGUUUAGGGCAGGAGCAGUGUUGAAGUUUGACGCUUAUUUGGAAUUGGUUUCUGGGUUGGAGGGCAGAUUUUGAGUACGAAGACACAUAUAGGGUCUCUUGAGGAUUUUCAAGCGAAUUGGAGAUCUUAUUUCAAAAUCCUUUGGCUUCCCUUAGAUGGGUUUUUUUUUUGGUGUUAAAUAGAAACUUUGCUCAGUGCUAAGAGUUCAUCCGGUGCUAAGAGUUGUGUUUUGGUCGUUGCGAAGAGCUGAUAAGUAAAUUGAAGUUGAAUACCUGUUCAUAAGAAGUGGAGCUUGAAAAGUCUUAAUUGACUGGUUUGCUUUGGCCCUAAGAGAUGUUUGAUAGAAGCUUGUCAAUGUCGUUUCAUUCAUUGACUUAUCCAUCUAAUACACUCGGUGUAAAUGUGCAGAGAAAUUCACAUAAAAGAAGUUUGAAUCCAUUACUAGCUAUGCCACCAUCAUGUAUUCUCUUGCCCACAGGUGAUGGUAAUUUUCCUGAAUCUAAGAAGGGUUCUGGUUUAAGUACAGGUUCAACAGUCAGUCUUUCUAAUUCUUUACUCGGCCAAGCAAAUACAGUAGGUAUAAUUGGAGGGGUAUCAGUUGUUUCUACUUUAACCUUUUUGCGAAACCUAGUCGAGUGGAGUUCAAAGGACAGUCAAAAUUCCUUGCCUUUUGUGCUUUGUUCUGAUCCUUCCUUAAAUAAGGAACUUAUAUCUCACGAGAAGAAUUUAUUUCCUUCCUUUAAUAGAAGUGAUUCUAAUCCAUUGGAUCAAAUGCUCAUUGUGGAGAAUCUAAAGAGUAAGAGAAUUUUUCUUGAGAAAUCAGGAGCUCGUUGCAUAGUAAUGCCGUGUCACAUCUCACAUAUAUGGCAUGAAGAGGUUUCUAAAGGGUGCUCCGUUCCUUUCCUUCAUAUGGGUGAAUGUGUUGCAAAGGAGCUCAAGGAAGCCAAGUUGAAGCCGCUUGAAGCUGGGAGUCAUUUACGAAUAGGGGUGCUUGCGACAAAUGCAAUUUUGUCUGCGGGAUUUUAUCAAGAGAAACUUCAGAAUGAGGGAUUUGAGAUUGUGCUGCCUGAUAAAGCAACUGUGGAGCGUACUGUAAUACCUAGUAUUGAAGCUUUAAACAGAAAAGACAUGGAAGGGGCUCGCAAUUUACUGAGAAUUGCGCUCCAGGUUCUACUGUUGAGGGCAGUGAAUACCAUAAUCCUUGCAUCUGAUGAUAUGAGGGAUCUCCUGCCACGGGAUGAUCCUCUUCUUAAGAAAUGUACUGAUCCAAUGGAUGCUUUAGUCCGCUCAACCAUCAAAUGGGCACAAACUGUCGAAAAAGAUAUGUAAAGAAGAUGCAGAAUAUAACUAGCUUUCUCUCUUUCCUUCUUUUUUCUACCCUCGUUCUUGCCACAUAUUCUUGAUGUAGAAUUUUAGCUUUACAAAAAUUUACAGGGAAAAAUGUAUCUAAAACUUUCCCUUGCAAUAUUGUGCAUAUCUCUGCUUUGAUUGUUGUAAGAGUGGAGGUUUUUGAUUCUUUUCAAGAAAAAGAAAGAAUAGAACUUUGCUUGAUGCAUUGUUGCCUUUUAGAUCUUUCAAAAGAUUGUAAUCUGCAAUCUUUGAGUUGGUCAACUUGUAGAACCCAGUGUUAGAGUUAAUUGCUAAAUCUAUGUUUCUUCGGGGAAACAUAAAUGUUUCUAAA